UGUACGCCCGCCGCCGUCGUGAACACGGGCCCGCCGCCACUACGCGACACAGCCGGUCCGUCGUCCAGUUUAGUAUUCGACUCGUCGUGUGUUGCGCGCGCUCGUUCGUUGCGAUCUUCGCCCGUGUGGAAAAAAUAAUAAUAAUAAUAACGCGCGCGCGUUUACGUGACUGUGUGUUUUCCGCGUGUGAGUACUACGUGUGUGUAUGUGUGUGUUUUUUUUUCGGUCCCACCGCAUUUAAUAUUAUUGUAUACGGUAGACGGAGCAGUCGUUUUACCUGCGGUCCGUCCGUCUUUCGUGUAAGACGCGCACGUCACACCGCGUACGUACGUGUGUGUGUGUGUGUUUGAGUGUGUGCGCGCGUGUGGUGUUUGCGCGUGCUGGUUAAAGUUUUUUCUCCCGGCCUGAGAUCCAACGGGAAGACGAGAUACAUCAACCACCUACGAUCGACACCGCAGCCACAACCGUCACUGGGGUACGACUAGCAACAUAGUCAUACCCGUAUACACGAAGCCCACCACUGUACCGUAACUUCUGUACUGCUGCUGCGACGACCACGACAAGAUACGCCGCAUCGGACGGGGCACGUCGUACACUGCACGUUUUUGCGCGCCGAAAUGCGACGUCCCGAUCAGCUGACGUGCAGCAGCAGCAGCAGCACUAUCAGCCGCAGCAGCAGCAACGUAUCGAGCACAAGCAGUAGUGGCCACCGCCGUUAUCGUACCGUCGUCGCCGCCGCCUCCACCGCCGCCGCCGUCGCCGUAGUAGUUAAUACGCCGCUUUGCGAAAGAUAAUAACCGCCGCGCCGCCGCCGUCGCCACCGCCGCCGCUGUCGUCGUCGUCGUCGUCGAUCAUACUAUUAAUAUUAUCAUUUUUCAAUAAAAAUAUAGAUUACCUCUAUUACACCUAUUUACGAGUGUGCCGCCGCUCGUUUUAAAUGAAUAUUUUUUACAAAAAGUAUAUUUCUUUUUCCUGUUGAAAUCCGUUUACGACAGCUGCAACUUCCUGUAAACGCAUUGACAAUUAUACAUCUGUAUAUUAUACGGUAUUAACGUUCACAUACUGUACCUACUUGCAAUGAUUUUUGUAUUUCUGUCGUUCUCGCCGUUUUGUUGUUGAUACUGCAACGUAUAUACCUACCGAGCUAAAAUUCAUAUAUUUUCGAAUAAGCUUAAUUUUUAUAAAAUAUUUUCAACAUCGUGUUAACUGGUUGCAGUGGUUUACAUACAGAGUAAUAGUUUUAAACGGUCUACUGUUAGUAUACAAAAGCAGCCACAACGGCGAUAAACAACUACAUCAAUAACAGCAGCAGCAGCAGCAACAGCAGCAGCGACUCCUCCAGCAACAUGGCUCAACCCAGGGUGAGUGUUUAUUACGACGAACCGGGCAUACACCAACAGCAACAACAGCAACAGUACAUGGAUGCGGUAGUCGGUGCGGCCGCCGCGGCCGCAGCCGGUAACGGCGUCGUGCCACCCGGCGUAGUGCCUGGUGGCGGAGUGCCUGGUGGACUUGGGCUCGCCGGCUCCGGCGGCAUGUACGACCAACACCAACAGCAACAGCAUCUCGCCCAUCGGGGCCUCCAAAACAUGGCCGCAGCGGCAGCAGCGGCUGCCGCGGCCGCAGCCGCACAGCACCACCACCACCAUCAGCAACAGCAAGCAGCGCACCUCCAGCAACAGCAGCAGCAACAACAGCAGCAACAGCAACACCCUGUGUCGGCCAUGUUCCAUUCGGCGGCCGCGGCCGCAGCGGCCGCCACACCGCCGAACCAUGUAUCGCCGGCCGCCGGCGGUGGUACGCCCGCCAACAAUCACACAUCCGGUGGUGCGUCCGUGGUGGUGCCCGAAGCACAGAAACGUGACAAGGAUUCGAUUUACGGGCACCCGCUGUUCCCGCUCCUGGCAUUAAUAUUUGAAAAAUGCGAACUUGCCACGUGCACGCCCCGGGAUCCAGGCGUAGCGGGCGGUGACGUGUGCUCGUCCGAGUCCUUCAACGAAGACAUCGCCGUGUUUUCCAAACAGAUACGUCAAGAGAAACCGUUCUAUAUGGCUGAUGCUGAAGUUGACUCAUUGAUGGUGCAAGCAAUUCAGGUGUUACGGUUUCAUCUAUUGGAGUUAGAAAAAGUUCAUGAACUGUGUGACAACUUUUGUCAUCGUUACAUCAGUUGUUUGAAGGGAAAAAUGCCAAUUGAUCUCGUAAUCGACGAACGGGAUUCGUCGUCGUCAGCGUCCGCAGCAGCAGCUGGUGGAGGUGGUGGAAAGUCCAUGUCUGAACUUGGAGGCUUAGGUGGUCUAGGAGGCGCUACAAACGGCAACAACGACGGCCGUAGUAACGCAGAUUCAACAUCACACACAGACGGGGCGAGUACGCCAGACGUGAGACCACCUUCAUCUUCAUUAUCGUACGGUGGACACGGGAACGAUGACCGAUCUCCCGGUUCGGGAGGCACGCCUGGGCCGAUGUCACAGCAACCAGGCUCGCAGCAAAGUCUAGACCACGGCGAUCCUGAAUUGGGUAAGUGUACAAGUAAAGUCGGCAAACUCUUUUACAGUGAUAAUGCAUUCCGCGGUAAAUGGUGUCAAAGGCGAGAUUGGCCUCCACCACUAGACGCCCGAGCGGCAUCAGCUGCGGAAGCGGCGAAACGCGGUCUUCUGUAUCAAUCUGUGUUCCUCGGCGGUAGCCCAAAUGAUUACAACUCGUGUGAUGCGAGUAAUGCCAGUGUCGGCAGUGGCGAUGGUACGGGAGAGGAUGACGAUGAUCCCAGCGGUGGAAAAAAGAACCAAAAGAAAAGAGGUAUAUUCCCAAAAGUGGCCACUAAUAUACUCCGAGCGUGGUUAUUUCAGCAUCUAACGCAUCCUUACCCAUCGGAGGAUCAGAAAAAACAACUUGCUCAAGACACCGGUCUGACUAUACUUCAAGUCAACAAUUGGUUUAUAAAUGCUCGACGGAGAAUAGUACAACCUAUGAUCGAUCAGUCUAACCGUGCCGUAUUCUCACCGCACGCCGGCCCCAGUGGAGCGUACAGCCCCGAGGCAGCCGGUCUCGGAUACAUGAUGGACGGACAGUCUCAGAUGCUCGCAGCGGCAGGUCACAGACCCCCGGGCGACCCGGCCUAUCACAACGAAUAUCAUCAUUACCCGGCCCAAUACUACGGUCAUUUGUAGUACCGUAAAUUACAAUCUGAAUUCUAGUACUCGUGUUUCAUUACAAUGAUUGAUAACAAUCUGGUUGACUGAUGUAUAUUUUUUUCACUGGUCGCUAUUAUUAUUUUAUUUUAUUUUAUUUAUUAUUAUUAUUAUUAUUAUUACUAUUUUUUUUUUGAUUUUUUUUUUUGAAUUAUGUAUAAUAUAAGACUAUACGGAUUAUUUUUUUCCUUUUUAAUAACGAUUAAUUCGCCGGUGUCGUAAUUAAAACAUUAUUAUUGUCAAUAAUUAUUUACAAACGAAAACAUUC